AUGUUGACGAAGCACUGUUGUGGUAAAAAAAAAAUACAAACUUUAUGAAUUCAUGAAAUGUUGAUUAAGCAACAAUUUUAAACCAAUUACAUAAUUUGGAAAGAGUUCUUAUGUGUAGUAAUGCGUGACAACAUAUUAUAAAAUUUUAAUAAAAAAUAACAACAGUAUAAGUAUUGUUAAAGUCAAAUGUUUUACAGCAAUUUAACAAAAAAUUAUGAAAUGAAUUAAUUAUGAAUUCUGAAAAUAUUUUCUAUAAACGAGUAGUGAGCAAUGCCCUUUUAUAUCGAAAUGGACCUUCACCAAUACUUGACGAGGAGCUGUUGAGUUCCUCAAAAAUAAAAUACAAUAACGCACCUUUAGGGGUAAGUGAAUACUUUGCAUCAGAAGAGAAUGAAGCUCAAACAAAAAAUGCUGGAAGUGAAGUUCUUAUCAUAUAUUUUGCAAAGCUCGGUCGUUCAUAUGAAAAUAUACCCGUUGAUUUAAACUACGUUGAAACACUUAUUGAAUCCGGUGCAGACGUAAAUUUUACUGAUAACUUUGGCCAAACAGUGAUCCACGAGGCAGCCUUGAGAUGGCCUAUUGAAGUUGCUCAGUUUUUAUUUAAUCACAGUGCAAACUUGAAUAAAGCAGAUAAGUAUGGUAGAACGCCUCUCCAUGUUGCAGCUUCUGUUGAUUAUCCAGAAAUGGUUAAAUGGUUGAUUGAUAAUGGAGCUGAUGUUCGUGCAAUAACGUUGAAUGAAAAUCAAACUCCGUUACAUUAUGCUUCAAAAUGCAGUUCUGUUAAUUCUCUUGUUACUUUAUUGGAAAUGGGUGCAGGCUUAAAUGAUACAGAUUUUAAGGAAAGAACGCCUUUACAAAUUGCUGCAGAAACAGGGCGUGAGGAGUCUUGUCGACUUCUUUUGCAGUAUGGAGCACCAGCAGGUGUUUAUGAUGAUACUGGAAUGUCAUGUCUUACACAUUUGAUUGAAAAACUACCUGACGUAGCUGCUGAGGCUUUGGAUCAAUUUCAAAAAAUUAAUAAAGGAACCAGAACAACAUUUUUUUACUUAGGUUACUUGGAGAAGAAAAAAUGGAAAAUGAAUAGAAAGUUAUUAAAAAAAAGUCAUCGAAUGGUAUUUGUAAGAGAGCCUUUAGAGGUUAUAGUAAAAUUUAAAGAUUCGACAUUAAUUAUGCAUCCAGUUAUUCAAAGGUUAAUCCAAAAAAAAACUCAGUUAUUUGGUCGACGUUAUUUUAUUUUUAUGUUUUUAAUAAAUCUUCUGUUUACUGUACUUUGGACAGCGCUUACUGUUACUCUUCCUUAUUACAACUUUGCAAAUUCACCUUUAACUGAUUCAAAUCAAAGUGCAACUACAAAUCCAAAUACAAAAAUGACUAAUUUAGUAAUCACCAAUUCAACUUCUGAGAGUGUGACUACAAACUUUAUUGGCUCAACUAGCAUAACAUCAACCGAUUUUAUUGGCUCAAGCUCAGACAGUAUAACUUCAAUGAACUAUGUUUUAACCAAUACAAGUUCUGCCAAUAUUAUUAUUUUAUCUAGCACAACUUCAACCGAUUCUAAUAGUUUUACCAGCACAACUUCAACCAAUUUAACCAAUUCAUCCGAAUCAAUUGGUGCAAGCAUAUUUCGAGUGGAGUUCUAUACCCCGUAUAAUAAAAAUAGCUGGAGAUUUGUUUUAGAGAUUUUAGGUUUGCUACUAGCUGUAUACUUUUUCAUUCAGACAAGAAUUCAAUUUAUGAUUGUCAAAAGAAAUUUCAAAGAUUUCAAAGUUUCUCGUUUACAAGAGCUAAGACGUGAUUUAAACUUUUGUCAUCCUCGCUGGCCACAAGAACAAAAAGUCAUAAACGAGGAAGAAGUCAAUAUCAAAUCAGAAACAAUGGGUUCAUUCUAUGAUGUAUGGUUUAUGCUUGAUGUGCUUUGUUAUGUUGGACUUGUAUUUUUGAGCAUAACACGAAUCAUGUUGAUUAGCCUUAAAGAAGUGGACAAUAAAUACUUAAUUACGCUAAAAGCUCAUUAUUAUGCAUUUCCUGUUAUACUAUUUAUAAUAUGGCUAAGAUUUAUGUCUGCUUUUCGUCCUUUUAUAACACUUGGUCCAUUUAUCGCCAUGUUUGGUUGUAUUGCUGAAGAAACGGUAAAAUUUGCAUUUUUAUUUUUGGAAUUUUUAAUUCCAUAUGCAUGCACAAUAUGGAUUAUAUUUGGAGGACCUCAUGAGGUAUUUCAGGGUUCACAAUAUCCUUACACUUACUUUGACGAUGUAAUGUUUGAACUACUACGUAUGACUGUUACAGAUAACUUUGACUAUACACCACUUUAUACGUACAAUGCACCAACAUCAGCUGAUUCAGGAACAGUAGGCUCAACAGAAAAAAUAGUUGCUCAAAUAAUAACUGGUACGUUUUUUGCAUUAAUGUCGAUAACAUUGAUGAAUCUUUAUAUUGGGUUGCUUUCAAAUACCUUUUCAAGAGUGUUUUCAAAUGCAACAGCGACGGCGUACAUGUUACAGGCAGAAGCAUUAGUUAUUGCUGAAAAAAAAAUGAGAAAAAAAGAUAGGAAUACCGUUCAAAAGACUAUUGCAAAAAAGUGUUCUCCUGAAGUCGUGUAUGAGCAAGUAGACGAGGAAGACGCUAAUCAGGUAUUAGCAAUGCUUGAGAAAAUAGGAAGGCAAUUGGAUUUUAUUCAAAAAUUCCAAGUAGAUUUAAAAAUGAAAACAGACUAUUUAGUUGAUGAGGGAGCCUUGGUGUUAACUGAGCACAAAAAAUUAUUGAAAGAUUUGAGUUCCAGCCUUCAGUCAAUGAGUAAAUAAAGAUGUUGUAAACAAAGAUACAAAAAAAAAGUUAAAAUAAAUCGUUUAAUGAACAAAAUCGAAAAAGGAAAACAGGAAAAAAAUUUAAAAUAAGUUAAAAAUUUAAUGUUGUAACUUAAUAAUCGAAUUUUAAUCACCAUAAGACAAACAACAAUGUUUAGUUGAUUAGGCA